UAUGACCAAUACAAAUGAAUCAUUUCAAAAAAGGGGCUAAUCCCAUUUCCUUUGAUUAUUAUCAGAGGCCAAUCUGAAAAUCUCAAACCUAGCCCACUUCAAUGCACUUAACAACUUCCUCUUGGUUCAAGCUUUAUUGUCAAUACUUGAUUCAAUACAUUCCAUCAAUUACAUACAAAAAACAAAGUUAACCAAAAGAACACAUUAGGUUAAUUAGGGUUUAAUAUGGAAAUUGGGGGAAUCGCAAUUGGGAUUUGCUGAAAAAGUUGGAGGGAAAGUGAAGCGGGCCUUAAAAAUUGAAAUUUAGGGUUGUGGGAAUCGUUGAGCAUUAGCGGCGACAUUAAGGUUAUUAGGGGCGGACCAUUCCGCCCCUAAUAUUCCUUUAUACAUAGAUGAAAUCCGGUUUAUCUGAGUCUCAUUCUCCAUUCUCCAUUUUCUCCAUUCUCCGACCCCAAACCCCAAAAUCAUCUAUCCCAACCUCACCAUCAUUUUCACCGGUGUAAGGGCCGGCCGCCUAAGAGGGUGGAGGAGUUGUUUUUAGGGUGAGUAUAAAAUGUCUACAAAUGUUGCAAGUAAUCACAGUGGAGAAGAUAACAGUCAGAACCUAAUAGAUCCUACUAGGAUCCCAACCACAUGCAAGACCUCUGAAGAACCAAUAGGUCCCAACAAAAAGGGUCUUGAGCUAAUUUCAGAAGAUAGAAAAUCAGUUCUUAAUGUUGAUCAGAUUCAAAAACUUAAACAUGUGCUUGGUGAGAGGAGAAGUUACAUUCGAGGGGUUGGCCGCAUAUCAAAACGUAAAUCUUCAAUCUAUUACUCUCAGCACAUUAAACAAUCGCUUGAGAAAAUACAAAGAUUGAAAAAAUUGGAGGGACUCAUAAGUGAAGUGCAAAAGCAAGUUCAACACAUUACUCAAAAGCUUCAAACCAAGGAACAUUUACCACAACACAAAAAGAGAGAGGAGCCAAUUCAAACUCAUGCUCAAAUGCAUUCAACUAGGCCGUCUCAAAUACCGCCACCACCAACACCAUUGCAGCAGGCUAAGCCUCAACCCGGGCAUACAACUGAGGAAGUAGUAGGUAAUACAGUGUGGGAAAAGCUUGAAGAAUUCUGUACAAGCAACGAGCUCAAGAGAAGAGCUCUCAGGGAAAUUGCUAGUUAUGUGGAAGAAAAUGAUGCUAGUAUAAUGAAAUUCUUUAAUCGUAUGGAUGUUACCGGUAGAGGAAAGGUUAACAUGGAUGAACUAAUUGCUGGAUUCAAAGUUUCAGCAAGUCCAUCGAUUGAACUCAUAAUGAAUGCUGGUGAUGUAAAUGAGGAUGGAUAUUUGGACUUUAAAGAAUUUGUGGGCAUAUUUGUUAGGCUAAGAAUUAUUGGCAAGGAUGAGAAACACAUUCACAUAGCCUUUGAUUUUUUCGACAAAAACGAAAGUGGAUACAUAGAAAUCGACGAGCUACGACAUUGUUUCAUUGAUAAAUUUGAAGAAAACGUUGAAGAAGUUGUUGAAGCCAUUAUGGAAGAUGUAGACAUUGAUAAGGAUGGAAUGAUAAGUUACGAUGAGUUUUCUGCAUUUAUGAAAUAUGGUACAAGAAAAGCAGAAAGGCAGUGUAGUUCCGAGAGUGGUUCAACACACUCAGUUUGAAAUGUUAAACAAUUAUGAGAAUAGAUAGAAGUGGAAGAACCAUAUAGAGUAAUUUACUUUUGUUAUUGUUAGAGAGUUGCACAAUGUGUUGUUUGUUUCUGAGUGUUUGAUAUGUUGUUUGUAAACGAUUUGUUGGUAAUUAUGAAGUUGUUUCUACCAACUAAA